AUGCCCGACCUCAUCGCAACACUCAGUACAAUCCCCCUAUCAGUCCUCUUAUCGGGGUUGAUCGCCAUGGGCGUACUGUCAUGGCUUCGUCCGAAAGGCCGGAUAGGCUUUUACCAUGCCAACGACAACAAGUUGACUUUGACCAAGUCCGGUGGUAAAGAAAAGACAACCUUUGUGGACGUCUGUCGGUCCGCAUCGCCAGAAACAUGCAACCUUAACCCACUUCUGUUCAACGGACACCUCCAAACAGCCUGGACAACCAUGAAACACGAUAAUGUUCCUGUGUACUACAAGCGCAGCAUGUUUGAGUCCGAUAGCCCUGCGUUUACCGGCCACUACGCCGUCGACUUCGUGGUUGCACCGUACGACUUGCCUAAUGACCCGGAACUGACUGAUCAAGCCCGAAAGCAUACCCAAGAGCCCGGCUUGCCACCGCGAACAUCCUUUUUCUCUAAGGAUGAAUUUGACGCCCUGCCUUCCGAUGAUACCAAGCCCAUGCUGGUUGUCUUACACGGGUUGAGUGGUGGCUCGCACGAAGUAUACUUGAGGCAUAUCUUGGCUCCCCUGGUGGCUGAUGGUACCUGGGAAGCAUGUGUUGUUAACUCGCGGGGUUGCGCGCAGACCAAAAUCAGUACUGGUGUUUUGUACAAUGCUCGGGCUACAUGGGAUGUCCGUCAGACUGUGAAAUGGAUCCGGAGCAAAUUCCCCAAUCGUCCUCUUUUUGGAAUUGGGUUCUCGCUCGGUGCCAAUAUUCUCACUAAUUACUUGGGAGAGGAGGGAGAUGCCUGUCAAUUGAAGGCUGCCGUGAUUUGUGCAAGUCCGUGGAAUCUGAGUGUCAGCUCCACGAAGUUGCUAGACACCUGGAUCGGAAAGAAUGUUUACAGCAAAACUAUGGGAAACAGCAUGAAGAGACUCUUUGAAUGCCAUGUCGAACAAGUCUCCAAAAACCCUCGCAUUGAUGUGGAUGCAAUUAGGAAAUCUACCUAUCUCCACGAGUUCGACCGAGCCCUGCAAUGUCCCACCUGGGGCUAUCCCACCGAGGGGGCAUACUACCGUGAUGCCACCUCUACCGAUUCUAUGCUUGCUAUCAGGAUUCCAUUCCUGAGCAUUCAAGCAGAAGAUGAUCCCAUUGUAUCCCGGGAGGCUUUGCCCUACCAAGAAAUGACCCAAACACCAUACGGAGUCAUGUUGACUACAUCAUGGGGUGGCCAUCUAGGUUGGUUUGAAUUUGGAGGAGCAAGAUGGUUUGUCAAGCCGGUGACAAGCUUCUUGAACAAAAUGGCUAGGGAAAUUGACAUUAAUAUCCCCGGUGUUGUCGAACACCCCGAGAGACUCCCGGGACAUAUUGCCCAUCACGACGACCCCAACAAAGACCCCGACCUGGCGCCCAAGCCCCAGUUCCACCCAAUGCAACGCAAACUCGUCCUUCCUUUGGGAAUUUAA